AUGGCCAGCUACCACUAUGACGAGUCGGGCAACAUGGCCCUCUACUUCAUCAUCACCUUUCUAGUCAUCAUCCUCAUUCCUUUCUCCAUCUCCGCCCUCUCUUCUGUUACCAAACCGGCAUGCGAAUGUGGCCCUUGUGUUGAACAGCGCAAGCGGAUAAAACAGCGCGAAACGGGCAGCCUCCUCCAUCCCAACGUUUCUAAGAAGAACGCGUUUGUCCUCGUCGGCUGGCUCCUCGUUGCUGGUCUGUCCUGGAAGGUCGGGAGUGCAGUCACGGAGAACAAGGUCUACAACCCGUAUGAGAUUUUGGGACUUGCCAUGGGCGUAACGGAGAAGGAGAUCAAAUCGCAUUAUAAGAAGCUUUCCAAGAUCUACCAUCCCGAUAAAAUGAAGCCCACCGAGAACUCCACCGUCGAAGAUAUUGCUUCUUACUUCGUGGACCUCACCAAGGCAUACAAAUCGUUAACAGACGAGACCAUCCGCAAAAACUUCGAAGAAUUCGGACAUCCGGAUGGCAGGCAAGAAGUCACCAUGGGUAUCGCACUUCCUCGAUGGAUCGUGGAAGCUCAGAACAAUAUCUGGGUUUUGGGUGUGUACGGCCUUCUAUUCGGUGUUGCUCUGCCUAUACUCGUCGGCCGCUGGUGGUUCGGCUCCCGUCAAAAGACCAAGGACGGCAUCAACGCUCAGACCGCUUCUACCUUCUUCAAAUCGCUCACUGAAAACGAUUCCGUCGACAAAGUCUUCACCACCCUCUCUAAAGCUUCGGAAUUCUCGCAAGUUCCUUCUACCUCUAAAGCCCCCAAGCCUAGCGUCGAGCAAGAAUUGAAGGAGCUGGAGAAGAAGAUUGCAGAGCUUGAGAAGGCACAAUGGACGGAUCUGAAAGAGUUAGUCGACGAGAAGGGUGAGGGUAUGAAUGGGCGGAGAAGGGUACUCAUCUUGUUGCACGCGCAUCUACUGAGGUUGGACAUUCAGGAUUCGGGACUGAAGAAAGAACAAUCCGCGCUCCUUCUUCAAACGCCUUCCCUUCUCAAUGCCCUCCUCAAUAUUGCCAUGGCGCGCAACUGGCUCCAACCCACAGUCGCCGUCAUGCGCUUACAAGCCUACCUCACACAGGCUCUCCUGCCUCUUCCUUCUAGUAAUGCAUACGAUCCUGAACGCAAAAUUCAAAAAUACGCUCAAUUACCGGGACUGAAGCAAGAGGACGUACGAGGUUUGGGUACUGCUGUGGACGAUAUCAAAGAGGUUGUCACCGCCUUGGAGGGACGAAAUGACGGCCGAGUGGAUGAUAUCAAGAAGGCUGUCGAAAGAUGGGGCCGUGUCGAAAUUGUCGAUGCUCAGUUUAAGGUCCUCGGCGAACGAAUCGUCACACCUUCAGCAUUAGUCAACCUCCUCGUUAAACUUCGCCUCACGCCACCGUCCACCGAGUUCAUCCAAUCAAAUGGCUCAGCUCCCACCGACCCCCCAGCACCUGAAGCAGAGACCGCUAAGGACCUUGAAUUCCUCAACAGUCCAAAAGAUUUCGAAGAGCUCGCGGCGCCGACUGACGGCAGUGGGAUUGCGCAUGCGCCAUACUGGCCUGGCAACCGUCGACCAGGCUGGUGGAUUGUUCUUGCCGAUGACAAGUCGAACCGGAUUGUUGUACCUCCCAUGCGCAUCUUCGAUAUCCCCUUCUCCAAUCCCUCGAAAACACGGAAUUAUCGGUCUUUCAAGCUUAAGUUCCAGGCUCCGCCAGGUGUUGGACUGUUUACGUGGAGGAUAUACAUCGUCAGCGAUACGUUCGUUGGUGAGGAUGUCGACCGUGAUAUUUCGUUGAAGAUCGACGACGUGUCCGCGCUCAAUGACGAUGAGAAAGGGGAAGAAGACUACAUCUCCGACCCCGAGGAGGACAGUUUGGCGGGCCAGAUGGCCGCCAUGCGGGGAGGGUCGGUCAAGAAGAUUCGUCCUGAGGACGCGAGUGAUGAAGAGGACGACGAGAGCGGAACUGACGAUGACGAGAAGAAGAACGAUAGCGACAGUAGUAGCGACAGUGAUUGA